AAGUGACUAACGGCGUAGUGUGGGAGGAUUCACUCAUGAUCGGCCUGGAGGGAGCCCUCCUGGGAUGUGCUUACAAGGAGUUAUCCUGUCGGUCAUGUGGUGUGAUCGUGGGCUUCAUGCUUUAUUCUACCACCAGUGACCUGGCGUAUCUCCGAGACUUCUUCUGUUUCUUCAAGGACAGCAUCUUCUGUUACCUCUUACAAAACCAAAUGAUAAUAGAAGCUUCUAAGGUGAAUUUUCCUGCUGUGACCUUGAAGAAACAACUGCAGGAACUGAAAGAAAAGCUUGUGAAGGUCCACAUUCGCAUAGAAUUGCUGAUGAAGAAGCUGGAGGAACUGGAACAAAAGAAUGAUGUGGCAGAAAGGCGAAGCGUUGCAUCAGAUCCAGUUAGUCUUCCACCAGGAUAUGUGGUAGUCAGG